GAUCCAGAGAAAUGCACCUUCGAUGCUCCGGCGUUGGAGCGCCUGUACGUUCAUGAGGUCUAUGACAAAAUCGCGGGCAGCUUUAGUGACUCCCGCUACGCCCCUUGGCCGGGCGUUAUGGAGUUUUUGAAGAUCCUACCCGAAGGCGCCUGGGGCGCCGAUGUGGGUUGCGGCAACGGGAAAUACCUUCUGGCCCUUCAGAAAGCGCGAUCCCCUCUUUUGCCGCUGCUUGCCUCCGACACGAGUAUAAAUUUGGCUCGGACUGUUCGCCGCCGAGGGCUUUCACUCUGCCCCUUUAUUGUUCAAGGUUUUGAUGUCGUCGUCGCCAAUCUCCUCGCCCUGCCUUAUCGAUCUGGAAUCUUGGACUUUUUUAUUUGUAUUGCUGUGCUUCACCAUCUGUCCACUCCAGAGCGCCGCGUCGAUGGUAUCCGUAAACUGGCUGAUCUUCUGCGUGUCGGCGGUCAAGGUCUCAUACAGGUUGGCAUGUCAUGA